AUGGCGCCCCUGUACCGCCUCCUCAUGCUGCUGCCAGGCCCGUAAUCUGCCAUGGGCCCCCGUACCGACUCCUCAUGCUGCUGCUGCCAGGCCCGUAAUCUGCCAUGGGCCCCUGUACCGCCUCCUCAUGCUGCUGCCAGGUCCAGAGUGUGUCAUGGGUCCCUGUACGGCCUCCCAUUGCUGCUGUCUCCAUCGCCACACUCUGCCAUGUGCCACUUUCAGGUCUCCUCACACUGCUGGUGGUUUCCAUUUUUGUCAUAGGGUGCUGUAUGGCCUCCCAUUGCUGCUGCCUCCACCGCCACACUGUGGCUCCACACUCUGGUUUUGGCCCCGUGACUGCCCAAAUGAGUGAAGUGUGCGGUGAUUCUAAGAUCGACGGCACUCAUCUGCAUGUCAUACUGACUGACAGUAUUAUUUCUCUUCCCCAGCAGACUCCAAGGGCAUUUAAAUUAAAGGUACAGUGUUCAGCACUAAUAUUA